AGUCGAUGAAAUACAUGGCGUUUAGUCGCUUUAUCUGCAUAUUACUUCUAGGGCUACUGUUUGCUACAGUAGAGCUUGCAAGCUCUAGUGUCGUUGCCCUGCAAGUGGUGGCUUUGGAUAAGACACAAGAAAUCAAGGUUCCAAUUGCUGACGAAAAUUUAGCUGUUCAACGAGGUGUCAUGGUGGAAUCCAAAGGGCUGAAGGGGAGAAAAAUGGCGAUGAAAGAGACUGUGAUGAAGAAGAAGACAGGAGCUGAAGAUAAAAACCAUGUAGCUUCAAGGAUUUCAGGUGCAAUCCCUUCUGUUGGAAAACAUGAGCAUGAAGGGAAGGGGCAAUACAAUGUAAAUUGUAAAAUGAGUGCAAAAGCUUGCCUUCCUUUUAAGGCAAAUGCAGUUGUUGUUCUCACAUCCUUUAGUGCUGAUUAUCAUAUGCCAGACCACCACCCCCCAAGGAAUAACUGAGAGCC